GGUCACAUGACCUUGCGUGGCGGCGUAGCAGCCAUCUUGUGUUGUUGGGGCUGAGGAUUGGCUUUGGAUCCGAGAGACUCUCUGUCCGCGACCUCAGGUUAAUACUUUAAAAAAUGGCAGCAGAAACCCAGACGCUUAACUUUGGGCCUGAAUGGCUGCGAGCUCUGUCUAGUGGUGGAAGUGUGACAUCACCUCCACUCUCUCCAGCUUUGCCAAAGUAUAAAUUAGCAGAUUAUCGUUAUGGGAGAGAAGAAAUGUUAGCACUUUUCCUGAAAGAUAGUAAGAUACCUUCAGACCUUCUUGAUAAAGAGUUUCUGCCAAUUCUACAGGAGGAGCCCUUACCACCCUUAGCGCUAGUACCUUUUACAGAAGAAGAACAGAGAAAUUUCUCCAUGUCUGUAAAUAGUGCUGCUGUCCUACGAUUGAUGGGACGAGGAGGAGGAACGGUGGUAGGGGCUCCUCGAGGUCGAAGUUCCUCUAGAGGUCGAGGCAGAGGCCGAGGAGAAAGUGGUUUCUACCAAAGAAGUUUUGAUGAUGUAGAAGGUGGAUUUGGACGAGGAGGGGGAAGAGAAAUGCACAGGUCGCAAAGUUGGGAGGAAAGGGGAGACAGGCGGUUUGAAAAACCAGGGCGAAAAGAACCAGUGAGACCAAACUUUGAAGAUGCUGGAACUGUAACGGCAGGAAGGAAGCAUGAAUUUAUACGCUCUGAGAGCGAGAACUGGCGCAUCUUCAGGGAAGAGCAAAAUGGUGAAGAUGAUGAUGGAGGUUGGCGACUGGCUGGUUCACGAAGGGAUGGUGAGAGAUGGCGUCCUCAUAGUCCAGACGGCCCUCGUUCUGCAGGCUGGAGAGAACACAUGGAGCGACGGCGAAGGUUUGAAUUUGAUUUCCGAGACCGAGAAGAUGAACGGGGUUACCGAAGAGUGAGAUGUGGCAGUGGCAGUAUGGAGGACGAUCGGGAUAGCCUUCCUGAAUGGUGCUUAGAAGAUGCUGAAGAAGAAAUGGGGACUUUUGACUCAUCUGGGGCAUUCCUCUCCUUAAAAAAAGUUCAAAAGGAAGCUAUUCCUGAGGAACAGGAAAUGGAUUUCCGUCCUGUAGAGGAAGAGGAAGACCGGUCCGAUUCAGAAGGAAGUCACAGUGAAGAAACCAAAGAACUAGAUAAGACACAUGUGAGGGAAGGUAUUAAGACAGAGCAUACAACAGCAGAAGUAACAGAAGAAACAGUCAAAGAAUCUUCACCAUCCACUAGGUCAGGUACUCCACCAAAACCCCAGUCACAGGAGCCAUUACCAACAAGCCUGCUUGAAAGAAGAGAAGACUGUGUUCCAGAAGGAAUAGAAACAACAGACGAUAAAGAAAACCAAAUGGAGGAUAUCUCAUCAGCCAAAGUGCCCAAUAGAGAAGAUCCAGUUUCUGCUGUCCACACUUUACCACAGAUUUCUUCAGAUGCAGUUUCCCUUGUUCAUCUUCCUCCUUCAGAGUCAAAUCUAAUUCCUGCCUUAAGACCUGUUCAGACAUCAGUCACAGCUGCUCCAGGCAUGGGAAAUAUUCCUGCUGACCCUGAUGAUGAAGAGGGCCUCAAACAUUUAGAACAGCAAGCAGAAAAAAUGGUGGCAUACUUGCAAGACAGUGCCCUGGAUGAUGAAAGGCUAGCAGCCAAACUUCAGGAGCAAAGAGUAAAGGGUACUUCAGUACCAUUACUCCAUGAGGCCAUGCAAAAGUGGUUCUACAAAGAUCCACAGGGAGAAAUUCAGGGUCCGUUCAGUAACCAGGAGAUGACGGAGUGGUUCCAGGCUGGAUAUUUCACAAUGUCACUAUUGGUUAAAAGGGCAUGUGAUGAGAGCUUCCAGCAACUUGGAGACAUAAUGAAAAUGUGGGGCAGGGUUCCUUUCACUCCAGGUCCAGCACCACCUCUGCACAUGGGUGAGUUGGACCAGGAACGACUUACUAGACAACAGGAAUUCACGGCCAUUUACCAAAUGCAGCACCUCCAGUACCAGCAGUUUUUGUUGCAACAGCAGUAUGCCCAGGUGAUGGCACAGCAGCAAAAAGCAGCUCUCUCAUCGCAGCAGCAGCAGCAGCUGGCUCUCCUUUUGCAACAGUUCCAGGCACUUAAAAUGAGAAAAGCUGAGCAGAACAUGGUGCAACCUGUAACAAGGCCUGUGUCAGUGCCAGACUCAGGCUCAAUUUGGGAGCUUCAGUCAACAGCCCCGCAAGCUACAGUCUGGGAAGGAAGCAGUGUCUGGGAUCUCCCAAUUGAUACUACAACUCAGGGACCCGCUCUAGAACAGUUACAGCAGCUUGAAAAGGCCAAAACUGCAAAGCUAGAGCAGGAAAGGAGAGAAGCAGAACUAAGGGCCAAAAGAGAAGAGGAAGAGCGGAAAAGACAGGAGGAGCUUCGGAGACAACAAGAAGAGCUGAUCAGGAGACAAGAAGAAGAAAGAAAAAGAAGGGAAGAGGAAGAGCUAGCUCGCAGAAAGCAGGAGGAAGCCCUAAGACGGCAGAGGGAACAAGAAAUUGCACUAAGACGGCAGCGGGAGGAGGAAGAACGGCAACAACAGGAGGAAGCACUUAGAAGACUGGAAGAGAGGAGGAGAGAAGAAGAGGACAGACGGCAGCGAGAAGAGCUGCUUCGUAAACAGGAAGAGGAGGCUGCCAAAUGGGCACGUGAAGAAGAAGAGGCAAAGCGUCAGCUAGAAGAAACCCGGCUGCGCAUGGAAGAGGAAGCAGCCCGACAGCAGCACGAGGAGGAAGAACGAAAGCGUAAAGAGCUGGAACUCCAACGCCAGAAAGAAAUUAUGAGGCAAAGACAGCAGCAGCAGGAAGCUUUGCGUAGAUUGCAGCAGCAGCAGCAGCAGCAGCAACUUGCACAGAUGAAGCUCCCUUCUUCUUCAACAUGGGGUCAGCAAUCAAAUUCAAGAGCAUGUCAGUCCCAGGCAACGUUAUCAUUAGCAGAAAUCCAGAAGCUUGAAGAAGAGAGAGAGCGGCAGCUUCGGGAAGAGCAAAGGCGUCAGCAGCGUGAACUAAUGAAAGCUCUCCAGCAGCAGCAGCAGCAGCAGCAGCAACAAAAACUGUCUGGUUGGGGAAAUGUUGCCAAACCUGCCAGUACUACAAAAUCUCUCUUGGAGAUACAGCAGGAAGAAGCAAGGCAGAUGCAGAAGCAACAACACCACCACCAGCAACAGAGCCGGUCCCGCAGCACUACACAACAUUCUAAUUUGCACACCAGCAUUGGCAAUUCAGUAUGGGGCUCUCUAAACACGAAUCCUAGCAGCCAGUGGGCAUCAGACCUUGUCAGCAGCAUCUGGAGCAAUGCUGAUACAAAAAACUCAAAUAUGGGAUUCUGGGACGAUGCAGUCAAAGAAGUGGGACCUCGUAACGCAACCAAUAAAAACAAGAGCAACGCUAGCAUCAGUAAAUCUAUAGGUGUUACAAGCAGACAGAAUAAAAAGGUGGAGGAAGAAGAAAAGUUGUUAAAGCUGUUCCAGGGGGUUAAUAAAGCCCAGGAUGGAUUCACUCAGUGGUGUGAACAAAUGCUUCAUGCGCUCAACACAGCCAACAACUUGGAUGUUCCCACAUUCGUGUCCUUCCUGAAGGAAGUUGAAUCGCCUUAUGAGGUCCAUGAUUACAUCAGAGCCUACCUUGGAGACACCCCUGAAGCCAAGGAAUUUGCCAAGCAGUUUCUUGAGCGCCGUGCCAAACAAAAAGCCAGCCAACAGCGGCAGCAGCAGGAUUCUGUGUGGGGGAUGAACCACAGUUCACUGCAUUCAGUCUUUCAGACUAAUCAGAGCAACAACCAACAGUCCAACUUCGAGGCAGUGCAGAGUGGAAAAAAGAAGAAGAAACAAAAGAUGGUUCGAGCAGAUCCCAGCUUGUUAGGUUUCUCAGUCAAUGCCUCUUCAGAGCGACUCAAUAUGGGAGAAAUAGAGACUUUGGAUGACUACUGAGUAUAUGCAACUCGACUGGCUUUUCCUGUGUCCUGUUAACCAUGCAUUCUCCACUGCUGGACAGAGUAUUUUCUAUCUCCUGCAGUCAUCUUUGCCUUGCAAAUGGAUCACAGAAUCAAUCAUCUCAGGCUGCUAUUUCUAGCUUCAACAACUUCUUUCUGCCCAGGAUUGCACAACCACCUUUUCAUUUAUAUUGGCCUCUGGUUCUUUCUGCUGGAUAGGUGGGAAAGAAGAUUUAUCCAUGAGGCUGAGUGCAAAUCACGGUGCUGUGAUUUCUUCUCCCAUGCUAUUUGUAAAGCCAUUUGGAAGCCAUAUGGUAGCUUCCUUUCCUUCUCUCAUCACAUUUAACUGGUGCAAUCAUAGUGGAGAGCUCAUGGUUAACAGGUGUCAUUCAGAACCAAAAUGCCACAUAGAUACUGACUUCCACGCUCCAUCAGGGCAAAAGAUGCCUUCCAAACUAGGAGGUGCAUUCAUAACUGUAGAACUGGCCACAGCAGGGAAUGGUGGUGGUGGGCAGCAUUCAGCUUGGAUUGGUUUGGCAUUGCACAUCCCUGCCAGCCCUUCUUCAGCACAUUGCAUUUAGAGAAGUUCACGUCUGUCUUCAUUGGGUAGUGAUGUCAAAGCUGCUGAAGUUCAUGCUUCAGCACACUGCAGCCUUCCUGGACAAUUGGGGACUCAAAUUGUGGGAGGAGGCACACAUCUUUUACUUCAGGCUGAAUUUCUCCUGUAAUUAUAUUUCCUCCAGAGUGAUUGGGCCAGUUAUUUUGGACCCUUCUGCUGUGAAUUUGUCUCGUUUCAGAGACACAUAGGAUCUUUACCAUAUGUAUCUUCACCAGUUGGUUUUUUGUGGGAGUUGACACUACCUUUGGAACCUGAAACCCUAACCAGAUUUCAUCUGGUUACAUAUGAUGGUGAUUCAGAAUUUUGUACAUUCUGCAGCAGCAUUAACGCCAAGGAACAGGAAGCUGUCGUCUUCAAAGUGAAAUAAAUGAGACAAGGAAUCAGAGCAUUGGCAGCGUCUCUGUUUAUAAAAACCACAUGGAGGAAUAAAGUGAGAUGUGCUGGUCUUGUUACAUAGUACACUCUCCCAUUUCUUCCAGUCCAUUGUGCUUAUAUAUUUAUACAAUCCACCUUCUCCAGUCCCUAUCCCAGAACGUUAAAAAGUCUGAAGUGGCUAGUGCACUUAGUUUCCAGCCCCUGCCCAUGCUCCCACUUGCACAGGGUCGCAGUGUGCCCGUGGAAGUUACGCUGCUGUGUGAAGAUCUUUGUCUGCCAUCAUUGCCUAAAGAAGACAACUGAAAUUGCUCCAGAGCAGAUUAAUUUAGAAUUUAUUUCAUUUGAAUUGCCUCUCUCUUAACUCUCUCCCCCCACCCCCAGCGUGUACAGUAACUAUACAGAGACAGUUGCAGACGUGUAUAUAGUUUUUGGAUCUGGUAGCUCAGAGAGGCUAGGUGCUGUCACAAAUCUGGUCUCCUGAUCUCCUUUGCUUUGUAAACUUACAAAGGGGGGAAGGGGGUAGUUAAUGUUUACAGAACUUUAAAUUCCCUCUGAACUCUUGCUAGUAUUGGGGGUAAAAAGAGAGAACUUCAAUAAAACCUGGUUGUAUUAA